AUGAACAGAAUAGGCUAUAGCGAUAUUUCGAGCUACCCAUUAUCGAUGGUAUUUAAUACACCACCUCAUAUUCCUGAUUCGAUCUCCUAUACUAGUCUCGUAUUCCCAACAUCUCAACCGAAUUCGUCCGUCCAGAACCAACAAGCGCCAGUAUUAUCAUCAUCCGAUAAUAUUCAACCAAUCGGUGACAUCUUAGGAAUACGUGCAUCUCAGUCUGCUUCAUACUCGCUUCAAUUCAACGCAUCAUUCUUAACUGAUCAAUUUUCAAUGCCUGUUGUCACUCAGUCUAAUGGACAUUUAUUAUUACCUUUAACAGUUACUCCGCCCUAUGGACAACCACAUAUUCAACAACCUGAUCAAUCUCAAAUUGAAAUAGUUGCUCAGCCAAGUGAGAUCUACCAUGGGCGCUACCUUCGUGACCACAAGAUAGCAUCAAGAUAUCUUCAUAGUAAUGUCAAGCCUUACGAUUAUCCGACAAUUAAAAUUCCCAUGAUCUAUUUGAAUUCUCAGUAUCAUGUUCGAGUUGGUCUAGUGACAGUACCAACUAAUAAGGUUCCAGUUCGCUGCGUUCAUCCGUAUCCGCUCAAGGUAGCAGAUUUGAACGUGUGGCGAGAUGAAAGUAAAAAUGCUCUUUAUUUUCCUAUUACAACAGACGAUAUUGUUAAUGAAGGAAUAAAGCGAUUUUCUGAAUUGAUGUUGGUAAAAUUACUUCAACAGGAAGAUUUAAAAGAAUAUCGUCGAUUUCGUUUGUUUGAUUCUAGUAAGUGUUUUCUUUGCAACAAUAACAAAACAACUAGUAAAAAUAUUACUUAAUCUAAGAUGAAGACGACAUUCAGCGUUGGACACCAAGAUUGAACAAAGACACUUCGUUACCUGAUCCGAAAGAGCUGGUUUCCAUCUAUGAUCUCACCAAAUCACAACUUGUAUUUAGUAUAGCUAAAAAAUU